CUGUUUGGUUCGUGUCCCUACAGAGUAUGUAGUUGAGACACAAAAUAAGAUCUUAACAUCCAGAGACAUCACCAAGUGCCAAGUUCCUCAUUACAGUCACCAGCAAGCCAAUCUCUUUUCCAUGAUAAAGACCGUAUAUGGUGGCUACCUACACAGUGAUAUUGAUGAGUUGAUUUAUCCAUUCAACUCGACAAUAAAAUGUGAACACACAAUAGGAGAUAAUCACAAACUUGAGGAAACAAAAUGUCUUCAGCAACAGCAGUUUCGUCCUUUUGCACGCGAGGGUGACACGAUAUCUACAUGUAUGACAAAUAUCAGCCAGCAUCUUAUUCUACAAGAAACAAGAGAUCUUCCCGAAAGUAAUGUUAAUCGUAAAAUGAGAGGAAAGAAAUCAGGAAGCCUCAUGUACGAGUUUGACAUGCGAGGAGAAGUUAUUCUGGUGACAAAAGAUGAUGUCAGUCACUGGCUACAUAAACUUGCAAUUCACACCGAUACUAUGGCAACCAUCCCUAAACUAUUCCACGAAUUCCUGUGGUUCCUUAGACAAGCUCAGAUCAAUGACCUUUUAGACGUUAUGGCAGAUGUUUGGAAUUGCCAUGGAAACCAUGGAAACUACUGUAACAGAAAGGAACAGAUGUUGGAACAGGACUACUUUCUCGAUGGCCUUCUAUCCUGCGGGACGGAGGAAUGUAUCAGUGUGUUCACAAAGGCCAUAAGGGCAGGACAUGUCAACAGCUGGUUAGAGUAUAUGUUUGUAUACGAGUUGGCUCUAUACCAUGAAUCACCACCGGAAGUAGCGACAUCCUUGCUGGUUCGUAGUCACCCCAUACACCCUCGCCAUAAGGUUUUGGCGGCAAAGUGGUAACGCAUUCGCCUCAAACCUACUCGCUCC